AGUGUCCGUGACUGUCUGGGCUAUUAAUUUUAAUGUGCUACUCUUAUUUGGUAUAUUGUUUUUAAAAGUAAUUUGAAAAUACAAAACAUAAAAAAGUCAAUACUUUCUUUAAAUCACCUUGUUUAUACGCAAGUUAAAAUGGAUUUUAUCUACGAUAAUCAAAAAAUAGACUGAAUUUUCAGCUUCAAUUGAAAUAAUAAAAAUAAGAAUAAAAACUGGAAAAAUAGAAUCUCGAUUUAGACAAAAAAGUUAAGAAAUAAAAUGCGAGUCUAGUACGUUAGUGAGAGGUGGAAAACAAAUAAAUGAAUAUAUAUACAUAUAAACACAGACCAUUACUUCUCUGUCAUAUUUUUACCAACAAUUUAUGUAUAUAUCACUACUUGAAACGAUAUAGUGUUCUUACCUUCCAUAAAGAUAAUUUGUGCUCUGUAGAACUUAUUAUUGUCUUUCUCGUCCUGCACAAAAUACUUUUUACUGUCGUUGAAUGUGUGAUCUUCAAAUACGUCGUUUAUUUUUUUUACGUGAACUUUUCUUUUAACCCCCCUACUUGGCCCUUCCAAAAAUAUGACGUACGCAAAGGGUACCAUGACGAAGUAUAGGACUAUUAUUUUUCAAUAAACUAUAAAAUCUUGCAAUCCGUAUAAUAUAAAAAAAUACAACUAAGUAUAUUGCGGCGUUACAUAGCCUACAUUCUACAGCACUAUGUGUGCACGUCUCGUGCGCAUAUGCAUACAAUAAUAAAUGACUCGUACUUUAAAAUGCACGAGAAAUAUUAUGUGUCUAAUCUAAGCUUAAUAAACACUAUGUUUUAAACAAUAUAAUGGAGUGAAUCCGAACAAAGGGCAUUAAAAACACCGUGCUCUUGUGCUCUCGGAAUUCUCGGAUCUACAAUCUACAUUAAUAUGGGACUUUCCACAUUGAGUGCGUUGCGACUGUGUUGUGUCUGUUCCGUGUGAUGUGGUGGCGCUACAUGUCCGCAACAUAACUACUGUGGAGUUCACGAUCUACCAACGUCCGAUACUUCGAUGCCUAAAGCUAUGGAUGUCAUUAUGGAGGUUAUUUUCUCAGCUCCAAAACUCCAAAAUGUGCUCGACGAAAUCUCGUGCAAAUCGUAGUUAUUUGGUCCUCCUGGUCAAUCACCACUUCAGAACAACAGCAACAACGUACAAACAACAGCAGCAGCAACAAUAACAUAACGAAUGCAUCUCCUGCAAUAGAUGAUCAUGCAAGGUGGAUGGAAAUGUUCUCCAGGACCAAAUCAACAAGUACCGCAUCCCCCAUCUCAGCAAAUGUCAUUGUAACAGAUGUCUUCCUGGUAACAACAAUAAACUAUGCCACUCCAACAGCAGCAGAACCUCGAGUGAAUGGAUUCGAAGAUCAUCACUAUCUAACGGAAUGCAAAGACCAACACCAGAAUCAAAGACAAGCACUAUCGCACGCAGUGCUGCUGGCCAAUCUUCCACAGGAACAAAUGAGAAGAUGAUACAGUAGGCAGAAAGGAAAAUGUUUAAUUUGAGUUUUCUUUAUAUGUUUGUCAAGAAAAAAAAACAUACAAAAGCAGGUGAUGUGGAUCAUCGUUGGAUUAAUAUAAGAAAAUCAUUUGCGAGAGCCACUAAAAAUGGAAAGAAAUUUUAUCUAGCCUCUGAUCUACAAUUUCUAAAGAAGCAUAUUAAGCAUUUAGAGAAUGCUUCAUGUAAAAGUAAACCUCCAAAACAAAGUAUCAAAGAAGAAGAUAAUGAUGAAUUCCACCCAGAAGCUGAUGACGAAAAUUUGAACUUUCAAGAUGUUUUAAGGUGUCAACUGCAAUCGAAACAACAGACCAAUGUUUCACAAAACUCAAUUACGAAAAAUGAAAAUGAUUUUUUAUUAUUAAACAAUAAUCAAAAUGAUGAAUUAAUGAAAGCGCAAGAAAAUAUCAGUGCAUUUACAUUAGCAUUACGCAAACUACAAAAUCCUAAAAGUGACUGUUCAUCUACUCCAAAGAAUAAUAUACUGACAGGAAUAACUCAGAGUUCUAAGAAACCUGCAACAUCAACAGUACAUGCAGUAAUGACUAAAAAAACCACGGAAAUCACUGUACCUGAACAAGAUGAAUUUGCGAAACGAAAGCAGGCAGAAACUAAAAGUUUGAAUGAUAAACUUCAAAGUGCUAUUGAUUCAAGUAUGCAGUUUAUAAACAAUAUAAAUAGCACCAAAAAAGAUGAAAAUGAUGACGACAUAUACGAAAAAAAUAUCAGAGAAGCAUUGAGAAGUGUUCCAUUUGAUAAGAUUGCUGACUUUGUUACAGACAUUCAUAUAAUAAUUAGUUCAUUUAAAGAUCAAAAUUAGAUAAAUUGUAAUCCUUGUUCAUUUCAUACUAUACUUGUAAUUAUACUUAACACAACAUUAUCAUUAUUAUUUAACAUCUAUCAUUAUUAUUUAUUGUUCAAUAUUUCCAAAACUAGUAUUUUAUUUGUAAACAAAUAACUGUAUCAAUAGUGACAAAAAUGUAUCAAUAGAUGUAUGUUUCAAGCACAUAAAAGUAAUUUUUUUAUUUUUCAACAAGUCCUUUUACAAAAUUUAUUGAUAUAACACCCUUACAAUAUUAUCUAUCGCUCACCUAUCUAACUAUAAACAAUAAAUAGUAUUUGAAAGUUUUCGU